AUGCACACGCUCAUUAUUUCUGUUGUAUAAUAUUUAAAGAAAGGAAAGAAGAAGAAACCAAAACAAAACAAGUAAUAAUUUCUAAAUUAUGACAAAAUUUUUGAUAGUGAUGAAGAAGUAGCCGAUGAACUCAUUCCCUAACCAAAAAUAAUGCCAUCUUAUAUAUAUGAAUUUAAUUUUGAAAAACUAUUCAAUAAUGGAAUUUCUUUGCCCUUUUAUAACUCAAACAUCCCAAUCACAUUGGUUAUUGGUGAAAUUAAUGUCGGAAAAACCCAUCUAAUCUAAUAAUUAAUGGGAGCAUCAUUAUAAAUUAUUCUGAAAAAGCAUAAUUCAAUUUUGUGUUAUCAAGAUCAAAAGCAGUGUUACAUUGAAGUUUCUAUUGAUUGGAAUGAUUUUGAGUCCGUCUUCAUUUGCAAUGUUCUACAAAAGAUAUCAAACCUUACAAUUUUAAUUAAUGAUUCAGUUAAUAAAAAAGUAUUAUCCUAAUUCGAACUUUGGAAUAACGUGGUGAUUGUACAUAAGUACCUCAUUAAAGAAUAGAAAGACUUUUUGAUUGAAUUUAGGAAGUUGAAGGAACAUAAGACUUUAAAUAAUUUCUACUACUAAAAAGGCUAGAUUCACUUAUUUUAUGAACAACAUGAAACCUACAAAUAAAUUCAGAGUAUUAAUCUAAAUAAUAAAAAUACAUUAACUAUUCUCGAAUCAGUAUAAACAACUUUAAAUUAAUCAACCUAUUUAUUGCCAUUCAAGAUUGAUCUUGUGUAUGUCAAUAAGAUUAUUUAAUUAAAGUAGUAGUUGUAAAACAAAGACAUUGUAGUCUAAUAUAUCAAAGAUUAUUAUGAAAACAAUGAGUAAAUCUUGAAAUUCAAUUAAAACAAAGAUUACACACUAAUCACAAUCACUAAACCUUAUUUAAAGAUACAAAACAUUUCUGUGGAAAUAGAGAAUUCUCAAUUACUAUUAAACAUAAUGAUUAGAGAUUUAAGAUUUGCAUUUAUCAUCCCAUUUUUAUACAAGAGAAAAUGUGGAUAUGCUCAAGUCGAGACCCAUAUUUAAUAAGAUGAUUUUAUUAUAUUAUCAUUUAGUUGA